UAGUAGUAUUAUUACCACAGAUAUCGAUACAAAAAAAAAGUUAUUACUAUAGUAUUACUACUAACCGGUGAUGAAUACAACAUUCAAAUAAAAAAAAGUGAUUGAAUUGUUUGCGAGUUUUCAAUAAAACAACCAAAAAAAUGAGUAAAAAACCCGAAACGAAGGCCAAAAAGCCGAAAAAAGACACAAAACAACAGAAGAUGGACGAACUUAAACAAGAAGUGGUUAUGGAUGAACACAAGAUAGCCAUCGAUGAACUGUACGCCCGACUCGAAACAAAACCCGGAACCGGUCUGACCAGUGGUCAGGCAAAAGCCAAAUUCGAUAGAGACGGACCAAACAGUUUGACACCGCCGAAGAAAACGCCCGAAUGGGUCAAGUUUUGUGGCCAAUUGUUCGGUGGAUUUGCCCUAUUGUUAUGGAUGGGCGCUAUCCUAUGUAUUCUGGCCUAUGGUAUACAGUAUUUCUCAAUCAAAGAACCAGAAUUAGACAAUCUAUAUUUGGGUAUAGUAUUGGCCGUUGUUGUCAUCAUUACCGGCUGCUUCUCCUACUAUCAGGAGUCCAAGUCAUCUGCCAUAAUGGAGUCGUUCAAAAAACUGGUCCCACAAUCGGCUACAGUACUGCGCGACGGCAAAGUGCAUACCAUUCCCGCCGAAGAGCUAGUUGUGGGCGAUAUUGUCGAAGUAAAAGGCGGCGAUCGGAUACCGGCCGACAUACGUAUUAUUAAAGCCGACGGCUGCAAAGUGGACAACUCGUCGCUGACCGGAGAAUCGGAACCACAGCCGAGAGGACCAGAGAUGACAAAUGAGAAUCCAUUGGAAACCAAGAAUUUGGCCUUUUUCUCGUCCAACUGUGUUGAAGGUACCGCUCAGGGAGUUGUCGUCCAUACGGGCGACCGUACUAUUAUGGGUCGUAUUGCCGGUCUGACCGCUGGCUUGGAAAUGGGCGAAACUCCUAUAGCCCGAGAGAUACACCAUUUCAUUAAUAUCAUUACUAUAUUUGCCAUCUUUCUUGGCGUAUCAUUUUUCAUUAUAGCCCUCAUAAUGGGUUACAAUUGGUUAGAUGCGGUCAUAUUUCUGAUCGGUAUCAUUGUAGCCAACGUUCCCGAAGGAUUGUUGGCCACUGUAACCGUUUGUCUAACAUUGACAGCCAAACGUAUGGCUGCCAAGAAUUGUUUGGUAAAAAAUUUGGAAGCAGUCGAAACUCUAGGCUCGACAUCUACGAUAUGUUCAGACAAAACGGGAACUUUAACCCAGAAUCGUAUGACUGUGGCUCACAUGUGGUUUGAUGGACGUAUCGUUGAAGCCGAUACUACUGAGAAUAGGACAGGAGUUCAAUUCGACAAGACAUCGAUCGGUUGGCAGGCAUUGAGUCGGGCCUGUUGUCUAUGCAGUAGAGCUGAGUUUAAGGCCAAUCAGGAAAAUCUACCUAUUCUUAAACGAGAAUGUGUCGGCGAUGCCUCUGAGUCGGCAAUACUGAAGUGUAUGGAAAUGGCUAUCGGAAAUGUAGCCGAAAUUCGCCAAAAGAAUGCCAAAGUUGGCGAAAUACCAUUCAAUUCGACCAACAAAUAUCACGUAACGAUUCAUAAAACUGAGGACAACUCAUCUACCGAUUCCUGUUAUGUUUUAUGCAUGAAAGGAGCGCCCGAACGCAUACUCGAACGGUGCUCUACUAUACUUAUGAACGGUGAGGACAAACCGCUGGACGACGGCAUGAAAACGGCAUUCAAUGCCGCCUACGAAAAAUUGGGCGGACUCGGCGAACGUGUUAUCGGUUUCUGUGACUUCAAACUACCCAUCAGUCAGUUUCCAUCUGGUUUUAUCUUUGAUACAGAAAAGGCUAACUUUCCAUUAGAUAGCCUCCGUUUUUUGGGACUGAUCGCUAUGAUAGACCCGCCACGGGCUGCAGUACCCGAUGCUGUAGCCAAAUGUAGAAGCGCCGGUAUCCGAGUAAUUAUGGUUACCGGAGAUCAUCCAAUUACUGCCAAAGCUAUUGCCGAAGCCGUGGGUAUUAUAUCGCCUGAGGGAGCAGCCAAUGCAGCUAUAGUUCCCGGACAACAGCUCAAAGACAUGACACCCGAACAGUUGGAUACGAUUCUCAGAUCGCAUAAUGAGAUUGUCUUUGCCCGGACAUCGCCACAACAAAAACUAUUCAUAGUCGAGGGCUUUCAACGUCAGGGAGCUAUCGUUGCCGUCACAGGCGACGGUGUCAAUGAUUCACCGGCACUCAAGAAGGCCGAUAUCGGUGUAGCAAUGGGUAUCGCCGGCUCUGAUGUUUCCAAACAGGCCGCAGAUAUGAUACUAUUGGACGACAAUUUUGCAUCGAUAGUAACGGGUAUUGAAGAGGGAAGACUGAUAUUUGAUAAUUUGAAGAAAUCCAUAGCCUAUACUCUAUCGAGUAAUAUACCCGAAAUAACACCGUUUCUACUAUUCAUAGUCCUUGGUAUACCGUUACCGUUGGGCACUAUAACCAUAUUGUGUAUAGAUUUGGGCACUGAUAUGGUUCCGGCCAUAUCGCUGGCCUACGAAAAAGCCGAAAGCGAUAUAAUGAAACGCAAGCCAAGAGACUCCAAAAAGGACAGUCUGGUUAAUCAACGACUCAUUCUACUAUCCUAUGCCCAGAUCGGUAUGAUUCAGGCAGCGGCCGGUUUCUUCACCUAUUUUGUUGUUAUGGGUGAAUCGGGUUUUAAGGCCAAACGACUUCUAAACAUUAGAUCCAAAUGGGAAUCGAAAGCCAUCAACGAUCUGACCGAUUCCUAUGGCCAACAGUGGACAUACACUCAGCGCAAGAAACUGGAGUAUACCUGUCAGACAGCAUUUUUUGUCUCAAUAGUUAUCGUCCAAUGGGCCGAUCUGAUCAUCUGCAAGACCCGACGCAACUCAAUCAUUCAACAAGGAAUGACUAAUCAUGUGCUCAACUUUGCACUGGUAUUCGAGACAGUUUUGGCCGCUUUUUUGUGCUACUGUCCCGGUAUGGAUCUGUUUCUACGAUUGUAUCCAUUGAAGUGGCACUGGUGGCUACCGGCUCUACCAUUUUCGGUCAUCAUAUUCAUCUACGAUGAGAUACGCAGAUGGCUUAUCCGGCGCUAUCCGGGAGGUUGUGUUGAACGGGAAACCUAUUAUUAAUACCUGUUUUUAUUAGCAUUUUAUACAAUAUAUACUCUAAUAUAAGUCAUUAAUAAUUUAUAAUUUU